AUGGCUACCCCCAACGAAAUCAAGCUCAUCAGUGGCAGUAGCCAUCCUGAGCUCACCGCCAAGGUUGCUCACUGGCUUGGCGUCGAGGUUGCAAAGACUAUGAGCAUUCCCUAUUCGAACCAGGAGACCUCCAUUACGAUUGGUGAAUCCGUCCGUGACGAAGAUGUCUUCAUCCUCCAGACGACCGCCCCCGGUGAUGUCAAUGAUGGCCUCAUGGAGAUGCUCAUCAUGAUCCACGCCUGCCGAACCGCUAGCGCCCGCAGAAUCACUGCCGUCAUCCCCAACUUCCCAUACGCCCGCCAAGACAAGAAGGACAAGAGCCGUGCCCCCAUUUCUGCUAGGCUUGUCGCCAACAUGCUCCAGAGCUCCGGAUGUGACCACGUCAUUACGGUCGACCUCCAUGCCUCCCAGAUCCAGGGCUUCUUCAGCGUUCCCGUCGACAACCUCUACGGCGAGCCCUCCGUUAUGAAGUGGGUCCGAGAAAACCUCGACAUCUCCAACCUUGUGGUCGUAUCCCCAGACGCUGGCGGCGCCAAGCGUGCCACAUCCAUGGCUGACCGCCUCGACGUGCCCUUCGCGCUUAUCCAUAAGGAGCGGCCUCGGCCCAACGUCGUAGGACGCAUGGUCCUUGUCGGAAAUGUCAAGGACAAGAUUGCUGUUCUCGUAGAUGACAUGGCCGACACCUGCGGUACUCUUGACAAGGCCGCGACAACACUUAUGGAUCACGGUGCCAAGGAGGUCCUGGCGAUCGUUACCCAUGGCAUUCUUUCUGGUAAAGCGAUCGAGAUCCUCAACAAGUCCGUACUCAGCAAACUUGUCGUGACAAAUUCCACCCCUCUCGGCGACAAGAUUGAACGGUGCCCCAAGCUAUGUGUCAUUGACAUCUCCAGGACACUGGCCGAGGCUAUUCGGAGAACGCAUAACGGCGAAAGUGUUAGCUACCUCUUCCACCACGUUCCGAUGUAG